UGACAGUGGAUUUUAUCGCGAGUCAACUCCAAAAAUCUUAUUUAACAUCGAUUUUUAUGCUCUUUCGCGAAUGAAAUGCCCAUCAAGUGCGUUGUUGGUGGCUGCAGUAACAGGCCAGAUAUUUUGAAGGGAAUCGAYCCUCAAGUUACGACGACCCGAAGCAAGAAAAAGACGGAAGAAGUGGCUCAACUUUGUCAAAAUCAAGCGUGCCAAAUGCACAAGACGAAUAAACCAUACCRCUCGCUAUAUAUUUAUURAGAAAUGUCAAGAGCCUAGCGUGAACUCAGUUUACUAGUAAUAGGGCUGGAAUUUCAGCAAAUUCUUUUGGCCUCAGCACAAAAUACGCAAAACAGCCAUUAGUCAUUUGAGGCAAAGUUCUCUAUGCCCGGCAGUCUAAACUUCUCGUACUCGAGAAAAUGAAAUAAGUACGAUAAGGCAAGCACAUGACUGAAAAUAUUCUUCCUUUCAAGCGCUUUUCUAAUAAAUUUCAUGAAAUGAAACGACUACGAAUCCAGAAAUGGACACUCUUUCGUUCUUGAAACAUAUUAAGCGCUUUYCAUGAGAUCCAGAAGCAAAGCGCAGAGUUUUAGUCAUGUUUUCAGUUGAAAAUUAUGAGUGCCGGGCAUCGUAUUUCCCCGAUUUUGAAACCGCCGAUCAAGCUCAGCGCUUGACAUUUCUCUGCAAAGGAAGAAUAUUUUCAUGUCUGUAAUCGUGGUUGUUUUAUAUUUCAUUUUCUCGAGAAAUUUAGACUGCCGUGUAUGUACAUAGUCUUUCGCGAGGUAAAAAUUUCGAAGUGCCUCAAAUGACUAUUUCGUAUUCUGUGCCGAGGACAAGGAAUUUGCUGAAAUUCAAAUCUACUGAUUUCACGGCAAGCGCUUGACAAUUCUCAAUGAAUAUAAAACGGUUUGAUACAUUCAAUCUUAGCGGUUUUAUUGAUUUUUGUGAGAAAAAUAGACUUUUAUAAGGCAUUUUAGUCUUUUGCGAUCGAACUUAUGGCCUGGGAUGACGUCACAAGAGUCGCRCCAGUCCCCGCUCGGACAAAAGAAUUUGACGCACUUAAUUUUGGCUUUAUUUUUCCGAUUUCGUCCCAACCGUUUGCAAAAUAAUCACCAAACUUUCACAGAAAGUCUUACAAGGUUCAUAAAAAUUGUUUUAGAUAAUAAAAAAAAAUCGUGAAGGUGCACUUUUAGCUUAAGUUAGCAUAGUUUUGAUCACUAGUGGUAACAAGCACGAGCAAAAUAACAAAUAUGGAUAACUUUUCCCAUACGUUUACGAAGACAGAAGAGAGUGAGCAUAUACUGYAGCUUAUGUAUGGUUGUGAUUAUGCAAGGUUAUGUCCAUGCUUUGUCAAACACUUCACUGCAUUUCUUUGUUUUGUCUUUUGCCUUUACUUCUUAUCUGGCUAGUGAAAACCAGCUUUAGCUAUAUCAUUUUUGCGUCUCACGAAAAAAUUGAAAAUUUCGUAGUUAUAAUACGCAAUUUUAUAGUAAUAAUGUAGACAAAAACACUUAUAGCACAUGAAACAUUGCAUGUAGUUAUUGAUAUAGUUAUCCCUCCUAUGAAGCACCUUUUCUGUUGCAAUUGUGAUUUGUGCUUCAUCUAYAUUUCUCGUUUCUUUCCUUUUAGAAAGAACUUGCUGCACCUUCAGUUGAAAGCAUGGAUGUAGAAGAUUAUAUAGGAGAAAUGACUGAAAUGAACGUAUCCUGCAAUGGUCACUUGAUAGAAAAGUCCCCCAAAAUCGACAAAGCUUGUCAGGUUCCUGAGGCUAUAUUUAUAAAAGAGGAUUAUGGAAUGCUAAAAGAACGCCGUAAGAGAGAUGUUCGAAAUGAGGUCUAUGAAAAGCUGUCUGAUGUUCUUUCCAGUUACAAUAAUAGUUGCCAAGGAGCAAAUUUGCUUCUUCAUGAUGUUCUAAACUCAAAGAAGUUCAAGUAUGAUUAUGGAGACUAUUUGCAACAUCCCACAAGAGAUGACAGUGACAGCAAAAUUCUUCAGAGUUUAGUCAUUGAUUACAAUCAAGCUUAGUCAAUGGAGGAAUCUCAAAUAAUAAAAAUGCAACAGGGWGCAUUUUCGGAAAAAGUUCUGAUUGGUCGCACCCUUCAAAGGUUCAAGGACAAGGGAGUAGGCUCAAGAAGCAAUAUAGCCAAGAACAUUGGUAGAAUAAGUAAAUUUAGCGAUGAGAGGAGAAGAAUUCUAUCAAUAGUUGCUUGGGAGUUCACCCAAAGUGAACUUCAAAACCACUUCAAGUGUUCGAAGCACACUAUUACUGCUGCUCGGGUGCACGCACUCCUGUUUGGGAAGGGUGGUGAACCAAGGGAUGGGCUGAAAUUUAAAAGACAGAGUGUUAGUCCUGAAGUCAUUCAGRAAUUUCAGGACUUCCUUAAUGAAGACAGUAUAUCACGCCCAUCAUCAUGUCGCAGUGUGCUUAUUGAUAAGCAGGAGACAGGAGUCCGUUACUGGCAAAGCUUAGUAAAAGAUGUUAUACAGCAGUACCUGCUGAAAUACCCAAAUGGUAUGAAACGCACGUAUAUAUAUACACAUCUCCCCCAGAAUUUCAGGACAGACUCAAURCUCGCUGUAAUUUGUAAUCUAUGUGACGGUUUAGGACAUACAAACUUUGAAUUGUUUCAAACCUUGGUUGAGAAGUUGAGGACUGAAGAAGCAUUCACAGCUGCUGGUGUUGUAAUUAAAGAGUUCAGGGUGCACCAAAAGUAUCUGAAACUUCAGUACAAAAAGCAGAUCAAGAGCCAUUCUGAUGUCAGAGAACAAUACUCCAAUUUCGAGUUCUGGUUUGCUCUGUGUUAGCCUCAAAACCAAGUAACAUAUUCUUUUGU